UGAAGAUGGUGGCGGCUGCUGCUGCCUCUGUGAUUUGCGCAGCGCGCAGCUGCUCCACCGUGUCAAACAUGAGCAGAUAGUGAAGAUAUUCCCGUCGCAAUGUGGACUCUACCGAGAAAUUCAAGAGGAGGUCCUGAUAUCAUCAUAGUUUUGGGGUUAAAGUGGAAUCAUUUAAGCUGUAUGGACACACCAUCUCCUGUCUGAUCCAAUUAAAGUGGUCGGAUCGAGGCGCGGCUCUGCUUUUUAACCUGUGGGGACCUUUUUAAUUAACCUACUCGGGUCUCUGCGGGCUUUUGGAAGCGUGACCCAGCCUUUACAGGCAAACUUCACACAAAAGGAAAUAGUCUUGCACUGCGCUCAAGGCUACAGUUUCUUUCCCCCUCGCAGCUGCCUUGUGGACUCCCGGAUAAUUGGAGUUUAUUAGAAGAUUGAAUUGUGGACUGUUGACAUGUGUUGGGAUUAUGCCAAAGCAGUAAAGGUGUUCAGUGGAUAUUCUUAAGCAGGAGUCACCCACAGUGAUUCUUAUUUGCAAUAAAAUACAAUUUUGCGCGUUUUCUUUUUUUUUCCAAACGCGCAGAAACCUCCCCAUUGACUUUGGAUACGGAGCAGAGGUGCAGACACCGGAGUGGGAAGUCAGGAAAACACGGGGCUCGGUGUGUGAGAUCAUUUGGGAUCAGGCCCAGCAGAAAACAGCAUGUGCCAUGUAUCUGAGAGGUGCGCUUUUUCUGCGCUCCGGUCGCCGUGUGGAGGAAACGCACUCCCUUUAUUUGAUAACAAGUAAUAACACAUUGCAUGCUCUGCCGCUGAGUUAUUUUGCAUGAAGUUUUGCCCAGUCCUGUAAACAAAACAUGCUCCUGUGUAGGAAGUAUUACUUUAUAUAGACAGCUUGAGGAAGUGUUAGAGUGGGCAUUAAAAGGAGCUGUGUUUCAGACAUUAAAAUUUUAUAGCUUUUCUAAACCAUUUUCCCCUUCCUAGCCUUUGCUUUUGGGAUAGAUUUACCGCUUUGUGUAAUAUUUUCCAAUGACUGGAGCAAGCUGUGGGCUGCUUGGACUGGAAAAGACCUGGCAGCCAGCAAACCUUGCAGUCUCAAGUGCGUCUAAACAGAGGGGAAUGUAGUGGAAUGCAGGGAUUGACGUCAAGAAGAGCAAUAAUGAACUACUCAAAAACUUUGGAAUAUCUCCUGGUUUUGCAACAACCAACGCACUGAAAUCAUCUUCUACUGUGUCCACAUGCUUUGCCUUAGCUUCCCAUCUAUAGAUUGAUCUUGAUUAUAUCUGUGCCUUCUAAUAGUUGUUCAUUUUUGAAUUGAGCAAUAGAAAACAUGGCAUCUCCCCAGCAUCAGAAACUGCUGCCACACAACACAGAAGUGAGCUGUGACUCUAGCGGAGAUGGAGGCGUCUCGGUGAGGAUUGGCAGCGGUGUGAAACACAGGCAUGGAGGAGGGCCGCUGGGUUCCAUUGGAGGAGGCUUCAUUGGGGCCACCAAGCACUGCAAGUACAGCAUUUCAUCUAGUUGCAGCUCAGGGGAGUCUGGGAUGAGGAGGCCCGUGGUGAGGAGUUUCCGCGCUCACAAACGCAUGCCCCAGCUGUUUGAGAGGUCAGCAGGUCAUUUCUGGGACCCCAAGUUUGAUUCCUCCAUCCUGGAGGAAGCGUGUCGAGAGCGAUGUUUCCCUCAGACCCGGCGGCGCUUCCGUUAUGUUCUUUUUUAUCUGGUGGCUGCCAGUUUCCUCUGGGGGUUAUAUUUUGCUGCCCAUCCUUCCUGCUGUGACUUAGUCGUUUUUCUCCUCCCUACUGCUUCCUUCCUCGUUUUCUGCCUUCUCCUCUUCCUUCUGACGUUUACCAAGCUUUACUCCCGCUGCUACAACCAGGCAUCUCUGCUGCUUAUCUUUGUGACCUUCAUAUUGACCCUGGCCCCUCAGAUCCAGACAUUAGGAUUCAAGGACCAACAGGCCAGGUCACCUGAAUUUAACAUGGAGGAAAUCAGUGUUAUGGGGCCAACAUACAACACAUCUAACAAGCUAGAUGAGGGUUCUAAAAAGUUUCCCUGCCUCUCUCCUGUAGGCACUUUCUCCCUCUGUAUUGAAGUUCUUCUGUUGCUAUACAGUGUCCUCCAUGUUCGUCUUUAUGCAUCUCUCAUGCUUGGGGUGCUGUACUCUAUCUUGUUUGAGACCUUGGGCUGUUUGCUCCCUAUUCAGGCAGAAGGCAACUGGAGUUGGGCUUUCUCCUCCGAGUUAGAGAUGUUCAGUUGGUUGGGUCCGGCCAAAGCCCUCCUUCAUCUCUGCGCUCACGCCAUUGGCAUCCACCUAUUCGUCAUGUCUGAAGUGCGCUCACGAAGCACCUUUCUUAAAGUUGGACAAGCUAUAAUGCAUGGAAAAGAUCUGGAAGUAGAAAAAGCCCUGAAAGAGAGGAUGAUCCACUCGGUUAUGCCAAGAAUCGUGGCAGAUGAGCUAAUGAAGCAAGGCGACGAAGAAAUUGGUGAUCAUUGUGGUAAACGCUACUCCACUAGUGGUGCAGCUGCAGUCAUUUCCAGCCCAAAAAACAACAAACGUAAGAAAACCUCAAUUCCCAGAGGCCAGAUCAUUUUCAGACCCUUCAACAUGAAACGAAUGGAGCCUGUCAGCAUCCUCUUUGCAGAUAUUGUGGGCUUUACCAAAAUGUCUGCCAACAAAUCUGCUCAUGCUCUUGUUGGGCUUCUAAAUGACUUAUUUGGACGUUUUGACAGACUUUGUGAGCUCACUGGCUGUGAAAAGAUUAGCACUCUGGGGGAUUGUUACUAUUGUGUGGCUGGCUGUCCAGAACCUAGACCGGAUCAUGCCUAUUGCUGCGUGGAGAUGGGUCUAGGCAUGAUUCAGGCUAUUGAACAGUUCUGCCAGGAGAAGAGAGAGAUGGUGAACAUGAGGGUGGGUGUCCACACCGGCACCAUACUAUGUGGCAUCUUGGGGAUGAAACGUUUCAAGUUUGACGUUUGGUCCAACGAUGUCAAUCUGGCCAAUCUGAUGGAGCAGUUGGGUGUAGCUGGGAAAGUCCACCUUUCACAAGCUACUUUUGACUUCCUGGAUGACCGAUACCAGCAUGAGGACGGACAGGUCAACGAGAGGAUCGGGCAGAGUGUGGUGGCCGAUCAACUCAAAGGCAUGAGGACCUACCUCAUCUCUGGAAGAAAAGUGGAGGCUCACUGUAACUGCACCCAGAUGGGGGAUGCUGAUCCCCAGUGCCAGAUGCCUGGUUUGCACAUGCCUGAUGCAGCCUGUACCCUUCCCUCAGACAAAACCAAGUCCCCCUGUCUGUCCUGUGGUGUGACCCUAACAGAUGAGGAUCAGGUUGUUGAAGAGGAAAAGGUACAUAAUGGCUGCCAUGAUGACAAACCCAAUAACGGCAAGGACUCUUCAAAUCUGAAGUGUUCCCCUGCGGUAUCGGCUGGCCGCAGCCCCAAGACGGUGAAUGGCCUGCUCAGUCCUCAGCUCGAGGCCUUGAAUAACAGCCAGACCUCGCUCUGUGAGAUGCUGCAGGAAAAAGAGAAGAAGACUUGGAGUGGAGGAGCCAUGGGCAUGGAUCACUCUGCACUCAUCCCGCUGAGAUCCAAGAACUUCCGGGAAAGGAGUGAUGCUCACUUUGUGGAUGUCAUCAAAGAGGAUAGUCUUAUGAAGGACUAUUUCUACAACCCUCCCUUACACAAGCUGAGCCUCACUUUCCUGGAGAGGAGCCUGGAGUCGGCCUACCGAAGCAGCUACCAGGAGGAGGUGGAGAACCAAGCAGCAGUUCAGACAUUUGCCAGCCCGACUUUCAGUUCCUUCCUGGAUAUGCUGCUGUGCUGUUUGGUUGUUCUGGCGCUCUCUCUUGCCUGUUUCCUGAGACCUCUGGUUACCCAUCAGAGUCCAUCAACGCCAGCUCUCAUUUUGACAUCUGUAGCCGCCCUCUUGGAGGCUGUUGCUCUACUGUUUGCUAUUCGUAUGGCCUUCUAUCUGGACAGUGUGCUGAGCUGCACUCGGGUGUUGAUGAGGGCCGUCUCUGGCUGGAUACUUCGCCACUUUGUCGGCGCUGUUCUAGUAUCACUGCCUGUCCUUGCAGUUUUCCCCCAUUUCACCUGUGACAUGUAUAACUCAAUCCAGUUUACUAUGUUCAUCUGCUGUGCGAUCAUUAUCGCCAUCAUACAGUACUGUAACUUCUGCCAUCUCAGCUACUGGAUGCGGUCCACAAUAGCCACACUGGUGGGGCUGGCAAUGCUUUCUCUGCUCUGCUGCCCCCCCUGCAGGCCGUAUGUGCAAAGCAACAUCACAAACAGCUCAGUUUUCUUGUCCGACAACUCAAGUUCUGUUCAACAACCCGACUCCGAUCCUCACAAACGUCUUAUACCUGAAGCCUGUGUGGCCUUCUUCCUGCUGCUUCUCCUUGUCUGGUUCCUUAACCAUGAAUUCGAGGUUAGCUACCGCUUGCACUACCAUGGCAAUGUAGAAGCUGAUCAGCACCGCAUCAAGAUUCAGAACAUGAGGGACCAAGCCGACUGGCUGCUUCGAAAUAUAAUCCCAAUCCAUGUUGCCGAGCAACUUAAGGUCACCCAGAGUUAUUCCAAGAACCACGACAAUGUGGGGGUCAUAUUUGCCAGUAUUGUGAACUUCAGCGAGUUUUACGAAGAAAGCUACGAGGGAGGUAAAGAGUGCUAUCGUGUUCUCAAUGAGUUAAUCGGUGACUUUGAUGAGCUUUUACGCAAGCCUGCCUUUGCCAACAUUGAAAAGAUCAAGACCAUUGGUGCAACCUACAUGGCUGCUGCUGGACUCAACACACAGCAGUGCGCGGAUGCAGCUCAUCCUCAUGCUCACCUUCGCGCUCUUUUCGAUUUUGCCCUUGAAAUGAUGCGAGUGGUGGACGACUUCAACAAGAACAUGCUUGGCUUUGGUUUUAAGCUUCGGAUUGGCUUUAAUCACGGGCCCCUGACAGCAGGUGUGAUUGGUACCACCAAGCUUCUCUAUGACAUCUGGGGGGACACGGUCAACAUUGCCAGCCGCAUGGACACGACGGGCGUGGAGUGCCGCGUUCAGGUCAGCGAAGAAAGCUACUGCGUGCUCAGUGGCAUGGAUUACGAGUUUGAUUAUCGAGGGACGGUUAACGUCAAAGGCAAAGGUCAGAUGAAGACAUUUCUUUAUCCUAAGAGCAGCGACAGUGGCCCUGUGCCUCAGUACCAGCUCUCAGUUUCACCAGAGAUCCGAGCACAGGUGGACGGUAGCAUCGGGCGGUCUCCAACUGACGAGAUCGCAAACAUGGUGCCAACCACCAGCAAGAAUGCAAACAGCACCAAAAUGAUGGUCCCCAGUGCCAGCACUGGUUCCUCAAACACAUCAGGACUCAGUCAAAUGAAAGACUCAGACAUCCAUGAAAGACAUCCCCCGACAGCCGCUUCUUGUGCCAGAAGGUCCAUGUCACACAGUGGCUUAACAUCGAUACCUGUAACUUCUCUGGAGGGAUACUCGCCAAAUACCAAGCAGCUCAAAGUCUCGUCCUCAAUCCAGCCACAUGCACCUCAACACUCACCAAGCAAAGACGCAAAAGACAAACAAAAGAAUAAAUGUGACAUGAAUGCUGGAGAUUUAACCAGGCUUUAAGCGUUUGCUGCAAUGGCACUUUUCUAACCAACCUUCUUCCCUUUAAGGUCUCAUUACUGCUGGCUGGCAUGUGUAGAAGCUAUACAUAAGUCCAACUUCAGGUAGAGAACUUCAGGUAGAGAGGGAGGAUUUGGACUGACACAGGAGUCUGGAUGGUACAAACAGGCCAGGUUAUUUGUCAGCCAAAAAAAAGGUUGUUUAUAGUGUAAAUGUGAUUAGCUGAUCUGGGUAAGGGUGCUUGGUGGACCACAUGUAGGGUGUCAGGCAGAUAUUCAGAGAAAAUUGAAAAUUGCCUCCUAACAACCCCAUUGUCUACCAUUAACUUACUUGAUUAUCUUUGCACCUUUAAUCUUGAUUGUUUCUGUCAGAUGUCUUUUAAGUGCCUUUAGAAUAGAAUAAGAUUUAAACAAGGCCUUUUUUUAACUUGAUAACUAAAAGGGAAAACUUUACAAGCUGAAUUUCUUGGAAUAUAGCUUUGCUUUUGCUAUUUUUGUUGCUUUUAAUGAGCUAUAUUUUGCAAGUACAUGCUUUGCCUUUCUUUCAAGAAGGAAAUCAAUGAUGUGAGAAUUCAUAUAAGGGGACAAUUUGGAUUUUUUUUUUAAGGUGUGAUUCUGUUUUGCCGCAAUGGAGACAAUGAAUGCUAACAGUCAGACGGACCUAAUGUUGUAAAUCUCAAAGUGACAAUGUAUGCAUCUAUGGACUGCAUUGCUUUAUUAUUAGACAUUGUCCACAUCUUCACAAUAUUGGUUCUGUUUUAUCAGAACAACAAUGUCUGAGUUGCUAGGAAUAAUUAUGCAUACGUACUACUAGGAUAUUAAUCCCCCAGGAUCAUUUUUGAACUGUGCAACCUGGAAGAGCACAGGAGCUAUUGUGUUUUGUAUAAACUCCAAAGCGGUCGUUGCUGGUGCUUACAGCAGCCAUCAUAAAAUAGUCAAUGUCCUUAAUGUAGUAACACGGAUAAUCAUAUCUUGCAUUGUUUUCCAGGCGUAUACAGAUUUUCAGAGGUUGGAAUCAUUUUUAUUAUGAGAUACAAAGGCCAAAAGUUGACCUAAAAUCUUGCAGGACUUAAAGUGAAAGUUGAUAAGGCAAGUUGCUGGCUGCAUUAACAGAGAUCAGAAAUAACCUGAUAGUAACAUGGAUGUUGUUUAGCCUGAAAACAGAAACAGAAUUAACAAUGGCCUUUUUAAGGUUUUCCGUGGUCAAUCUCUCGAUUUGUUGAGGCGUUGUUCUUAGUCCAAAUGUUUAUUCUAGACUUGAUGAACUAGG